CCAUGAAUUACGGAUAUAUAUUGUUUUCAUUGAAGUGUUCCGUGCUUUAAUGUCGCAACUAGAACCUGAACAUAUCCUCGGGCUUGCAAGUCAUGUGGGUAAAGACUUUUCCUGCCUCUUAGUCCGUGGUAGAAACGAUUCAUGGAACAACGCCCAAUAUGCAAGAUUAUUAAGACGCACCCCACGCGAUAUACUCUCCUGGGACGUCUCUACUCAAACCCGUCCUGCUGAUUGAACUGCCAUCAAAAAUAUAUCAAUUUUUGCGAAUCAUGGCGAUCUUCGCACAUACACCCACCUUUGACGUUGUAGUCUAUGGUUCUACUUCUGGUGCUGUGGCAGCUUCAAUUCAGAGCGCAAAGCUUGGACUUAAUGUCGCACUGGUAAGUCCGCAAGAACAUAUCGGUGGCAUCCAGAUUGAGGGUCUUGGGGCAACAGACAUUGACAACCAAGACGAGGUGUUUAACAGCACCACCGUGGGAGGGCUUGCUUUGGAAUUUCAUCGGAGAAUCAGUACUUUUUACAACAGACUGCCACGUCUUGAAGAGGUGGUUGCAAAGAACAUCAAGGAUACCGAAGUGUGGCGGUUUGAGUCAAGGGUUGCUGAGAAAGUAAUCCUCGAGUGGCUUGCGGAAUUUGACAACAUCAGAAUAAUAUUUGGAAGCCUAGCUGCUACAGAUUCUGUAAUCAAGAAAGGUGCUGAAGUCUGCUCGAUCAAACUCCGGACUAAACAAAUUGUGUCCGGCAAGGUUUUCAUUGAAGCUUCGUAUGAAGGAGACUUGCUAGCUGCAUCAAAAGUCACUACUACACACGGACGAGAGUCAAGUUCGACCUUCGACGAGAGCUUGGCUGGCGUUCGAGAAAACACGCCUUACACGCAAUUGACCGUGGACAUUGAUCCAUUUAAGAUCCCAAAAGAUCAUUCUAGCGGGCUAAUUUACGGGAUAUCCACCGAACCGUUUGGCAAAGCGGGUGACGGCGACAAACAUCUUGCUGCAUUUUCCUACCGUCUUCCACUUACAGAUGCCGUCGAGAAUCGACUGCCAUUCUACAAGCCAGAUGGGUACAAUCCAGCCCAUUUCGAACUGCACAGACGUUUCGUCAACUCUGGCGGAAAGCUAUAUACCCCUAAGGUUAGACUUCCAGGGCAAAAAACAGACUUGAUUGGAUCGGAGGCACCUCUGGCGACGGAUCUUCUUGGAAUGAAUGAUGGCUGGGUAACAGGGUCUGAAGAGGAGCGAAAGCAAAUUCUCGAGGAUACAGCACGAUUUACGAAAGGCCUUAUGUAUUUCUUUGCUAACGAUGACUCCUUACCUCUCGAAUUCCGUCAAGAAUGGUCCCGCUUUGGUUAUUGCCUAGACGAAUUCCCAGACAACAAUCACUUCCCGCGGAUGCUCUAUAUUCGUGAUGCACGACGCAUGGUUUCGGACUAUGUGAUUACAGAACACACUGCGUCAAUGGAUAAUGGCGAAACGCCAGUGGAAGACCCGGUCGGCGUGGCAUAUUGGCCGACAGACACACAUUGUGUGCGCCGAAUCUUGCGCGAUGGCAAGGUGCACAAUGAAGGGUUCAUCUUCAAAGAUGGUCAUCGCUGGCGACCAUUUGGAAUUGCGUACCGUGCUUUGGUGCCACGACAGGAAGAAGCAACGAAUAUCAUUACGGCAACUUGCCCUUCAUCGUCGCAUGUAGGCUAUGGUGCUGUGCGUCUGGAACAUCAAUUUUAUGCUCUAGGACAAGCUUGUGCCAACGCAUGCGACAUUGCGUUGAAGAAAUCGAUCCCUCUUCAAAAUGUCCCUUACGGAGACUUGAAGAAGCGCCUGUUAGAGCAAGGCAUGAUUCUUGACGUUAGCAAAGUUGGAGUGCCGCAUUUCCCGGAUAAUUAGACGUCAUAUAGAUCGUUUUUAUAAUUUGAGAAUAUAAAGAGCCUAUGUCUAAUAAUAGUAGCGAUCUUGCCUAUUGUUAACGUUUAACAGAGGUCAAAGAUGAGAUCCAU